UUUUCGUCUUGUACUUCACGACGCGUCUCUUCCGAGCCACGCCUUCCCUCUUUCGCCUUUUGAUCCUUCUCUCUGCCGUCUCCCCACGGCGAAAGAAUCUCAUAAAUUCCCACAUACCCAACAGACCCAUCAAUCUGCCGCGGCCGUUUCAUUUAUCAAGAUCGUUUCUUUCAGCGGUGGGGUUUGAGUGUUUCUGCUGAUCGGUGAGCGAACGAUGAUGGCGCUGAGGUCAUGUUACAGGCCGCUGGAGAGGUGCUUGGGGAGGUUUAAUGGAGGCGGAGAUGGGCUGCUCUGGCACAUGGAAUUGAAGCCUCAUGCCCACGGGGACUACUCCAUAGCCGUGGUUCAGGCUAACUCGAGCCUUGAGGAUCAGGGCCAGGUCUUCACCUCUCCUUCUGCUACCUUUGUCGGGGUGUAUGAUGGUCAUGGUGGACCUGAAGCUUCAAGAUUCGUCAACAAGAACCUUUUCCCUUACAUCAACAAAUUUGCGAGAGAGCAGGGUGGAUUAUCCAAGGAUGUGUUAAAGAAAGCCUUUGAUGCGACAGAGGAAGACUUCUUGCAUCUCGUGCGCAGAUCAUUUCCUGCAAGGCCUCAGAUUGCUUCGGUGGGUUCUUGCUGUUUGGUUGGUGCAAUCACAAAUGAUGUUCUGUACGUGGCUAAUCUCGGGGAUUCAAGAGCAGUUCUUGGUCGAAGAGUUUCGGAGGGAAGGAAUGGUCCUGUGGCUGCAGAGAGAUUGUCGACUGAUCACAAUGUCUGCGUUGAGGAGGUUAGGAAGGAGGUCGAGGCUCUUCACCCUGAUGAUUCUCAUAUCGUGAUGUAUUGUCAUGGAGUUUGGAGAAUUAAGGGCAUAAUACAGGUAUCAAGAUCUAUUGGCGAUGUCUAUCUGAAGAAACCCGAGAUCAACAGAGACCCAAUGUUUCAACAGUUUGCCAGUCCAAUCCCGUUGAAGAGGCCGGUGAUGACAGCAGAACCAUCCAUUAUCAAGAGGAAACUCAAGGAGGAAGACAUGUUUCUUAUAUUUGCAUCCGAUGGCCUCUGGGAACAGUUGAGUGAUGAAGCCGCUGUAGAGAUCGUUUUCAAAAGCCCGAGAGCUGGCAUAGCGAAGAGGCUGGUGAGAGCAGCACUUCAGGAAGCGGCUAAGAAAAGGGAAAUGCGGUACAACGACAUAACUAAGAUCGAGAAAGGGAUAAGGCGCCACUUUCACGAUGACAUUACCGUGAUUGUAGUCUACCUCGACCACCACCAUUUCUCUUCAGGCAAUCGACUGAAGCCCUCCAAAGUCGGGUGCAUCAAUGCACCCUCGGACAUCUUCUCACUGAAAGCAAACGACUCGGGAGGGAACCUGCUUCACGAUAGCCGGUUCUCUGGAUAAUGGAAGAUAAUCAAGGUCCAAGGAAGCCUAUCAAUGUCCGAAGAAGAAUUAUCGUAUACACGAAUUUAUUACGACAAAGUAUGCACAUGAUUGUGCUUCCGAUAUGCUCUGAUCGGAAGUACUGGAACAAAAAUUUGCCCCCAUUAAAGGGUAAGAUUGAUGAUAUCUGAUUGAGCAGAACGUGAAUAUGUUUCCUUUACGCUCAUGAUAUAGAUAAUGAAGUUUUCACCGAAUCAAUUACAAA